UAUUCAGGUGGGAAGAACAAUAAGUUUCUCCACUUAGUUCUUAUAUAAAUAACGCUUAAUUUACUGUGUUGCAAUUAAUUUAGAGAUGGUGAGAACACCUUGCUGUGAUGAAAAUGGAAGGAAGAAGGGGACAUGGACUCCUGAAGAAGAUAGGAAAUUAGCAGCAUAUAUCACUGAAUAUGGCCCAUGGAAUUGGCGCCAACUUCCCAAAUAUGCUGGACUAGAGAGGUGUGGAAAGAGCUGCAGACUUCGAUGGCUGAAUUACUUAAGGCCAAAUGUUAAAAGAGGGAACUACACCGAAGAAGAAGAUGAAAUCAUCUUAAACCUCCAUGCUCAACUUGGAAAUAAGUGGUCGGCGAUUGCAGCUCACUUGCCAGGAAGAUCAGACAAUGAGAUAAAGAAUCAUUGGCACACUGCACUCAAGAAGCGUGCAAAUAACUCAGGUGAAUCAAGCAAGAAAUGCAACAGUAAGAACAACAUUAGAAGGAGUACUACUGUGGCAAAUAAAAAUGCAAGUCCUAGCACUUCACAUGAAAAUAUAGUACUGGAAAGUUCACAAUGGUCCCCAAAGGAGUCAUCAAGUGAAGACUUUUUUUCUUACAGUAAUACUGAUUAUCAAGAGCAACAUAAAGUUUUUCAACAAGAAGCUUUGGAUGAAAUAACUAGUGGAAGCUUUUGGACAGAACCAUUUCUAGUGGAAAGUUUCAAUACAACUGGAACUGAUUUUCUAGCUCCUCCAAUUGAUUACUGCGGACUUGUGUGUCCACCUUCUCCUUUUAUAGGUCAUGAAUUUCUUUCAUCCUUUGAUUUUGAUUAUUUUAAUUAUUAAAGUGAAAGUGAAAAACAUGUAAAGUAUUUUGAUGUUUUGAGUUUCAUACCUGAACGGUGCGUGAGUUUUCCACCUAAACUAUCACCAACUAUUUAUCAAAACACAUUUCAACU